CGGAGCCGCGGCCCAGCGCUGCUGUAACACUAUCGAGCCUUUCGAAUCGACAAAACGGACAGAAUCGAAAAGAAAACAGCGAAAAAAGAGCAAGAAACGAGCCCGAGCAGGAGCAUCAGCUGACCUGCAGUCAUGGACCCGUCUUUACCUCCAGACCCGAACCCCGAGGCCCUCGCAAAACCCGAACCCGCUUUAGACGUGACUCCGCAAGCAGAAACUGCUCCAGAUUUACCAGUAGAACCAGUAGACUCCAAUCCUCAGCCAUGCGAGGAACCGGUUUCAGAUCCAGCCCCGGAACCGGCCCCAGACAUAAAACCAGAACCAUCGGCACCAGAAAUCACACCAGAACUACAAAUCCCAGAACCACGAAUCCCAGAACCCGCUCCUCCUCCAGCGGCGAACUCCUCCUACAAGAUCAUGACCUUCAGACCCACCAUGGAGGAGUUCAAGGACUUUGGAAAGUACAUGGCCUACAUCGAGACUCAAGGAGCUCAUCGUGCGGGUCUGGCGAAGGUUAUUCCACCGAAAGGCUGGAAGCCACGGCGCUGCUACGAUAGCAUUGAAGACAUGGUCAUUCCCGCUCCCAUCAUGCAAGUGGUGACCGGCCAAUCGGGACUCUUCACUCAAUACAACAUCCAGAAGAAGUCCAUGACGGUCGGGGAAUAUCGCAAAUUGGCCAAUAGUAAAAAGUACUGCACCCCUCGACACAAGGACUUUGAUGACCUGGAAAGGAAGUAUUGGAAAAACCUGACGUUCGUCUCGCCCAUUUACGGUGCUGAUGUCAGCGGCUCGAUCUACGACCCGGAAAUUACGGAGUGGAACAUCGGCCAUCUGAACACUCUUCUGGACAUGGUGGAGCAGGAGUGUGGGAUCGUCAUCGAGGGGGUGAACACCCCGUACCUGUACUUCGGCAUGUGGAAAACCACCUUUGCCUGGCACACGGAGGACAUGGACCUCUACAGCAUCAACUACCUGCAUUUCGGGCAACCAAAGUCCUGGUAUGCGAUUCCUCCCGAGCACGGCAAGAGGUUGGAGAGGCUGGCACAAGGUUUCUUCCCGGGAAGCUCUCAGGGCUGCGACGCGUUUCUCCGGCACAAGAUGACCCUCAUCUCUCCAUCCAUCCUGAAGAAGUACAGCAUCCCGUUCGACAGAAUCACUCAAGAAGAGGGCGAGUUCAUGAUCACGUUCCCGUACGGAUAUCACGCCGGAUUCAACCACGGGUUCAACUGCGCCGAAUCCACCAACUUCGCGACCCUACGAUGGAUCGAUUACGGCAAGAUGGCCACGCAGUGUACGUGCCGUAAGGACAUGGUGAAGAUCUCCAUGGACGUGUUUGUGCGCUGUCUGCAGCCCGAUCGCUACGAUCAGUGGAAGCAGGGCAAAGAUACCACGGUCCUGGACCACCAGAAGCCCACGAUCCUCUCCAGCCCUGAGCUGGAGCACUGGAGGAAGAACAGGGUCACGUUCAGAGAGAAACUCCUGCGCAGAUCACAGGCGAAGCUGAAGCAGUUCCGGCGCCUGAAGCCGGAGGAGGUGAAGGUGCUGGUGGAGGAGGGCGUGGAGCUGGACAUGAGCGAGUACAUGCGUAAGGUGGAGGAGCGAGAGGAGCAGCGGCGGCAGCAGCGGGACGAGCGCAUGGCGAAGGAGGCGAUGCUCACGCUGGAGGCGCUGGAGAGGGAAGAGCAGGAGCAGGCUGAAGCAGCGCUCCGUGGAGGAGGAGGAGAGGAAGAUGGAAAAACAGAUUUGCAGGAUCCUCUGCCGGAAAAUGGAGAGAAGAAGAAGAGGAAAAAGAAGAAGCCGAAGCAUCCCGACGAGAUCUCCUUCCAGCAGGCGUUUGAGCAGUUCGCCGCGGUGAGCGAGAUGCAGACCCAGAGCUCUGGAGCCGCCCCUCUGUCCGGCCUGCAGCCGAGUCCCUUCACAAAGCUGAAGAAGAAGGUCGAGGUGAAGAAGAGCAGAAGGCAUCCACUCAGCAAGCCGCCCAUGCGAUCGCCUCACUCCAUAGUCAAACAAGAAAACUCCAGCGACGAGGAGCUGUACUCAGGACUUCAAGCAGGCGGAGGCUCGGUAACGGAGACCAAGAAGGAUCUGUGGCAGAACCUGUUGCAGAACUGCUUGCCAAACUUCCUCACCGAGAAGCAGUUCAACGUAGCGAUGGCGACCAUCGAGCCUCACUGCGCCGUGUGCACGCUGUUCUGCCCCUACACACAGUCGGUAAAGGACUCGUUCCACGUCUCGGACCCGUCUGGGCUGGUGUCCCGGGUCGGGUGUCGAACCCGUCCGCUGGUUCCAGAGAUGUGCUUCAGUGCCGGUGCCGAAAACACUGAACCCCUGCCGUCGAACUCCCACAUCGGUGACGACGGCACCAGUGUUCUUCUGUCCUGUGAAAGCUGUGGCCUUCAGGUCCACGCCAGUUGUUACGGAGUCAAUCCCGAGACGAAACAGGACGACUGGAUGUGUUCCCGAUGCACCUCGAUGGAGUGGACAGCCGCCUGCUGUUUGUGCAGUUUAAGAGGAGGAGCUUUGAAGAAAACCACAGAUGACAGGUGGGUCCACGUGAUCUGUGCGGUGGCUGUGGCCGAGGCUCGUUUCGUCGGCGCUGUGGAACGAGAGCCUGUGGACGUGUCCUCUGUUCCCGACACCAGGAAGAGUCUGAAGUGCGUCUAUUGCCACAAGACGACCAAGCAGAACUUCGGCGCGUGUAUCCAGUGCUCGUCGGACAACUGCUCCACAUCUUUCCACGUCACCUGUGCGCUCCUCGCCGGAGUCACAAUGAAGCCGGCCGAUUGGCCGUACGUGGUGUCCGUCACCUGCCACAAACACAAGCAUGCCAAUCAGAAGCUCAAGAGCAGCUCGCGCGAGUUGUCUCUGGGUCAGGAGGUCAUCGGGAGGAGCAGCAACGGUUGGUUUUAUCGCUGCACCAUCACCGGCAUCGGCACGCAGAACUACUACGAGGUCAACUUUGACGACGGCUCCUACUGUGAUAACGUCUUCCCAGAGAACCUGCUGAGUCACGACUGCCUGCGGAACGGCCCUCCAGAACAGGGCGAAAUUGUGGUGGUCAAGACAAUCGACGGACGGAUUCUCAACGCGUCUUUUGUCAAGGAACACGUCCACCGAUCCUACCAGGUGGAGUUUCAGGACGAGACGCAGAUCUUACUGAAACGCAGUGAGAUUCACUCUCUAAACCAGGAGCUGCCCAAGAGGGUCAUGUCUCGUCUGGCAUCUGUGAACCAACAACAACCUCAGGCCCAACCGUCAGACGAACCGCUGGCCGCGAAACGCCCGCGUCUGCCGACACCGCCACCCAUGCUAGCCAUCGAGCCCUCAGCGCUACCUCCUGAAUUAAUCACCGCUUUCCUGCCCGCUAGUAUUACUCCGAACAUCAGCACCCCCCCUUGCUUGCCACCCGCGUCACUUCCUGUCUCAGCCCCCACACUUCCUGUUCCAGAACCCAGCGAGAGUUACACCCACAGCUCCAGCUACAUCGCCUACAUGGAGUCUCUCCUCAACUCGGACUUUCCUCCAGAAGAGGACGAACAAGGCGUUGAGCCGAUGUAUUGAAGCGCCGCCUCGCGCUACCAGCUAUUUGUCAACGCUUAACUGACUUUAAAUUCAUCCACUUGCAUGUCUUUGUUUCAUUUACUCGCUGUCGUGCUAAUUUAAGUCUCCCACACAUGUACGGUGCACGUGGGACGCAUGUGUGUCAUUAUAAACUGAAGCCGAAACGGACCCAGUACAGAGCCUUGGGGGACGCCACAUUCCUCGGACCCCUUUCCACGAUCCCUCUCUCCGCCUCUCGUGCUAAACGCAAAGUUUCCAGGUGGAAUAAUCAUUUGCUGUUUGUGCUGUUUACUUUAUACCUGAUUUUUUUUCUCUAACGACUGCAAAAUAUUUUUCUAACUCAAGCCAAAACAUCAUGCUAUACCCGGUCACUGAUCAAAAACAGUCCAAAUCUGUACAGUUUCAGGUAUUUUUCUCUGUACUUAAGUGUUUGGGAGGGGGUCACAGGAAGUUUUAGACAGGGCUCAUGGGAUUUAACAAGUAUUUAAGGAUUUAAAUGUCUUUUGUCACAUAUAGAUUUAAUAUUUGUACAAAGAAAAUCACAACUAUGACAGCACCAGAAGCUACAGUUUUCAGUUAGCGCAAACGUACGUGUUAUGAUAGAUUCGUGCAUCAUGUAUUCUUCUAUCGAUUAUAACCAACGAUAAAGUUUUUCAGCGCCAGAUGAUUGGAUUUGUUUUUGUAGCAUUCUUGGUAGACGUUUAUAUGGGGAAACUAUUCACCUUGUCUGUUUUCUUUUUUUAUUAUUAUUAUUACCGGUGUUGUUUUUAUUUUUAUUUUGGUGAAAUUUGCAACAUAAUGUUGAAAGAUGAAAAAAUAAAUAAGUUGAAUUUAUCCUUUCUAUUCAAGAGAUUGAAGUGGCGUACAUUUAAGCAUAUAGUCAUAGAUGAUGUUAAACGGAUACGCAAUCAGCCUUCUCAAGGUGCUAUAGAGGUCUUAGACUACUGAGGGGCGCUCCGGGUCACGUGACCCACGGUGAGGUGUACAUACUAGACGUCCUGCUCACAAAACUGAACAUUUUUCAGUGUAUCUUUAAGAGUCUUACCCAAUGUCACAUUGAAAUAAAGGGUCUGGUUGUCGCUUCGGAUUUCUUUUCUCCUUUUUGUUGUUUUGUCUUGUGAUGUGUAGAUUGAGCUAUUAUCGUUUUGGAAGGCCUCCAUUGGCGGUUGUCGCCCAGAUAGCAUUGAGAGUUUGCUCCAACGCCCGCCCACUCGAUUCAUUUAGAAACAAACACUCGGUUGAGACGCUUUCCAGACAGAAUCUCUUUAGCGCGCCAACGAUUUCAGAGAAUAGUCCAAGAUGCAGGAUAAAUAAUGCAUGAAAUUAAAGUUAAGACAUUAUUGCGAUUAACGAGUCAGCAUUAAAUAUUCUUUUUCUUUACUUUUUCUUCCCCCACAUAUUAUUGAUAUUCCUCCUGCUUUUGGAACAUGUUUUAUAACCCAAACCACACUUUGAAGGUCAUGAAUCUUUAGGGAUGAAGUGCGUACUGAGGUUUGAACCUCUCAUUCUGUUGCGAGCACAUCUUCUCAACCUCCGUUUGAUGUGACAACCGUUGUUCUCGUCUCACGACUGAUACUCGACGCCGUUUGUUGUUUCUCACCUGUCAGUGACGCCACGGCCGCUCUAAGGCUUGACACAGUGUGUCGAUGGCAUUUGUACUCCUCUGAUCCUGGGGUUUCUGCUUUGCAUCAACACAGAAACUUCACAAGAGGCAAGUUUAAUGAAACAAUAACCCACCACAGCUUGAAUACUGAUGAUGGCAAAUGUUUAUCUGUGCAGAAGUAGGUCUACUAGGAAAGAUUCUAAUAAAAUGUGAAGUGAAAAUGUG